CGAGAUGGGUUUGGGACCUAUUUCUACCCCAACGGCGACGUGUUCCAAGGUCACUUUGUGUGCGGGAGACGACAUGGGCAAGGAGUGUACAAGUACUCGGAGGGAGGCAUCUACGAUGGGGAGUGGUCGCACGACAAGAUGCAUGGCAAGGGGAGGUUCACCUACGCAUCAGGUAAUGUGUAUGAGGGGCUGUGGUUCGAGGACGUACCACACGGGGUGGGAAAGUUC